UCGAUCCUUUCGCGUUGCUACCGCCCUCAAUCUCGUCUCUUAUCGUCUCUUCUAGUCUGGGCUGCCCAUUGCACCACCGCCGCUCGCCGCACCUCCUCCCCAUAGCGCCAGGCUCCCGAUUGCCGCGCUGCGAAGAACACAGACAGACACAGGCCAGAGAAAUAAACGGGGGGAUUUUCUCGCGAGGAAGGACGCCAUUAUCGGAAUCUCUAACAAACAACACGAGAAUUCAUCAUUCACACGGAUGUUCGUUCUUUUCUCUGCCCUGUUCUCUUCUCAAGUAAAGUGCUGCUGGAGUGCACUGAUUGGUGGGAUCCCUCGUCCGUACAGGAGGUGCCUUCCCCAGCCUGUUGCUGAUUGGUUAAUUCCUGAGGUGCUUCUCUGGUUGGUGGGUUUCUCGACAGCUCUCUGAAUGAUGUCUGAACAGGACCUGGCGGAAAUGGUGCAGAUAGCAGUGGAGGACUUGAAUCAAGACCACCCAGUGGUUUUGGAAAACCAUGAAGAGACUGAAGACUGCGACAAACCGGACAGAAAACGACAGCGGACAGACAUCAACUGUCAGGAUACGAUCAAGUCCCUGCUGUACUCCAUCAACCAGACGAUCUGCCUGCGCCUGGAUAACAUCGAAGGCAAGCUGCAGGCCCUGGAGGCCACCUACAAGUCCCUGGAGGAGAAACUGGACAUGGUGAUGAACAAGAACCAGGGCCCCAUCCAGGUUCCCAUGGUGGCAGGAUCUCCACUGGGGGCCACGCAGACCUGGAACAAAGUGCGAUGCGUGGUUCCACAGACUAACGUCAUUGUAAGUAGUGACCGGCCAAAGGUUUCAGGACAGGAGGAAACAGUCACCAGAGCAACCGAAUCACUGGAGAAUCUUCUUAGCAAUGCUGUUCCGGGACGCAGACAGAACACAAUCCUGGUGAAGGUCCCAGCGGCGGACGAUAGCCACAACGAGGACGCUGAGAGCGGGUCAGAGGCCAGUGACUCCGUCUCCAACAGUGGCCAGGGAGGAGGGGGCGCCAUGGGGAACAAUGUCACUCUCAUCACCCUCAACUCUGAAGAGGACUACCCUAGUGGCACGUGGCUGGGAGAUGAAAGCAAUGCAGAGAUGCGGGUUCGCAGCCCCAUCUCGGCCGCGGACAUGCUACACAUCAGCACGAACUGCCGCACAGCGGAGAAGAUGGCUCUGACUCUCUUAGACUACCUCUUCCACCGAGAGAUCCAGGCCGUCUCCAACCUCUCCGGCCAGGGCAAGCAUGGCAAGAAGCAGCUAGACCCCCUCAUGAUCUACGGCAUUCGAUGUCACCUGUUCUACAAGUUUGGCAUCACAGAGUCGGACUGGUACCGGAUCAAGCAAAGCAUUGACUCUAAAUGUCGGACGGCCUGGCGCAGGAAACAGCGCGGGCAGAGCCUGGCAGUGAAGAGCUUCUCCAGACGCACUCCCGCCGCCUCCUCCUCUUACUCCAGCACAGAUGGAUUGCAGUGUACUGACGCGUCUCCCACAGACGGCCAGCAGACCGUGCACUACACCCUGUCCAACACACAGCAAGUCCAGAUCCACCGCAUCGGUGAGGAUGGGCAGAUGCAGGUGAUUCCCCAGGGGCAUCUGCACAUCGCCCAGGUACCACAGGGGGAGCAAGUCCAGAUCACACAGGACAGUGAGGGUAACCUGCAGAUACACCAAGUGCAUGUUGGUCAAGACGGUCAGGUGCUCCGGGGUGCUCAGCUCAUCGCGGUGGCAUCCACCGACGCCUCCACAGCAGGAGUGGACGGGUCACCCCUCCAAGCCAGUGAUAUCCAAGUCCAGUACGUCCAGCUGGCUCCAGUAACUGACCACUCCGCUGCAGUUCAGGGCACAGAGGCUCUGACUUCAUCGCUGCAGUCUGACCUGGAGAUGAAGCAUGGGGCGAUUCAGAUCCAGCAGGGGGAGAACGGGGAGGUGCUACAGAUCCAGAUGCCAGGCAGCUGAAGAGACAUCAGCCACACCACACCCCGGGGAGAAGAAGUACAUCUGAAACAAAAUUUCACGAGGAAAAAAAAAAUACUUUGUUUUUUUUAUGUCGCUUUGGACAAGGUGCUACUGUGGUUUGUCAUUUUUCCAUGUCUUUCAUAGAGUUCAGUGACAAGCUUUGCAAUUUCACAAAGAAUACAACCAGUAGGAAAAUAUGUAUAGAUAUGUUUAAUAAAAUAAAUAAAAAAAAAAAAAGACAGCUGUUUUGGUGUUUCAGUGAGUAGAUAUGGUAACUGAAUGUUUGCAAGAGAGGUUUUUUUUUUUUUUCAACAAUAGACAUUUUUUUGUUCUAUAACUUUACCAGAAUCCUUUGUUAGCUGCAGGUUGUGACUGAUGUUUUUGUAUUGUUUUUGUUCAUUGAGAAAUAUACCUACAGUAUCAUUGUUACAACGCUACGGUCUGAAUUUUGCUCUGCCUCAGUACAGUACAAGCUGUUGGUGUGGGUUUUAUUUUCAACAGAAGUGGGAACACUCUGCAAAUUCAAUGUCAAUAAUACAAUACUUGUCACUUGAAAACACUGUAAACAUUAUUGCUUUUCUGUAAAAUGUGCAGUCAGCCAGGCACAUGACAUAAAUUGUGUUUUUAACAUAUUUUACAUCACAGCUGUAUCAAUAGUCUAAAGCAAAAACUGCCAAAGUCAGGCAUGAUGUUACGAGAAAAUGAGCAAGAAGGUUAAGUAAGUCCUUUAAAAGUAUUGCAUGAAUGGAAAUAUUUGAAUAAUAUUAAUACUAUAUUUUAUAUAGGAAAAGUGAAAGCACAAUGGGGAAAGUUCCACUCAUUUUUAAAUGAGCUGUGCAGUUGAAGUCUUGUUUUUGGAAAGGCAUAACUGGUGUCUGUUCCGUUGAUCUGAAGAGAGGCUGAUCUUAAACCUUAUUGUUACUUGAUAUUACUGUAGCUUUAUUUUAGGAACAAAAAACAUUUUUUACUAUUGUGUGUGGACCCCAGUUGCACCCAUUGUAUAAAAAAACAAAUAAAACGAGAACACUUCUAAUCUCAUCAGCCACAGUGGUAGUCUCAGCCUUUUGAGGGCUGUAUAAAACUGCUAAUGGGGGCCAGGUCAUUGAUCAUUGAAACAGUGUCGCAUAUAUAUGACAGAUAAUUAAGCUCCAGGUCAAACUGCCCGGCAAUGUGGGUUUUAUUUAUAUUUCUGUGCAGUAUGUACAUUUGCCACCAAUUAGAUCAGAUGAAUAUGUGGUAUUUAGUAUGACUAUCUUCACUUUGGCAAUUUUUGGCUUUGUCUGUCUAUAUGUGGUGCUGCUGAGGGAACAUAUUUACCAUACAUAAAAAAGUGCCUUUAUAGGUUCUACCGUGUUAUUAAAUAAUAUGUAAUUUACA